CCACGGGAGGAAACAAAAACAGAAAGCUUCCACCGGGACCAGGCCCGUUUCCGGUCAUUGGGAAUCUGAACAAAAUCGGUGAUCUUCCCCACCAGUCCCUGGCGGAGCUAGCCAAGACUCAGGGCCCAAUCAUGUCUCUAAAACUAGGCCAAAUCACCACAGUAGUCAUUUCGUCAUCAGUCACAGCCAAAGAAAUCCUUCAAAAGCAAGACUUGGCCUUCUCUAACCGAGCCAUCCCUGACGCCGCCCACGCCAGCAACCACCACCAACACUCCGUCAUAUGGUUGCCCGUCGCCUCCCGGUGGAUAUACCUCCGAAAAAUCAUGAAUUCCAACAUUUUCUCCGGCAACAGGCUCGAUGCCAACCAGCAUCUCCGCCGUACUAAGGUGGAGGAGCUCAUAUCCUACUGCCGGAGAAGUAGCCAAAGAGGCGACGCCGUGGACAUAGGCCGAGCCGCUUUCAGGACUUCCUUAAAUCUGUUGUCCAACACCAUUUUUUCUAAGGAUAUGACUGACCCAUUUCAGGAUACGGCCAAAGAGUUCAAGGAUUUGGUGUGGAACAUCAUGGUGGAGGUUGGUAAACCUAACUUGGUGGAUUUUUUUCCUUUGCUUAGAAAGAUUGAUCCACAAGGUAUAAGGCGUCGAUUGACUGGUUAUUUUGAGAAGGCACUGAAAGUUUUGGGGGUUUGA